AUGUCUAGUCACACUUACAACUCGGGACUGAUUGACUCACUCCUCGAACAGGUUUCGAAUCUGGGCUCUUCUACGACCCUUGAUCAAGACGUACAACUCCGAUAUGCCACAAACUCAUCUCCCAGAGACUCUGGAUUUGGUAGUAACUCUGGACAUGCCGAAGAGACUUCUCAGACCUGGAGAUCCGUUUCCCAAUCCAAUCUCACGUUGGCGGAGCGCAUCAAGCAGGAUCUGAGGGCCAUCUUUGGUACGCAACGCACGCCAUUGAAAGAUGUGAUUAUGAUAGAGUUCCCCCACCGUAGUGAUGCGUUCAAGUGCUCGUCGGAAGAAGAGUUGGCGGUUACGCAGCUUGCUCUGAUUAAAGAUCACGUCGGGAUCAAUGCAGAGGAGGUGUUCAGUCGCUGGAACGCCGAUGACGCUGCGCCCAACUGGAAUGCAGACGUGGUCCAGCCCGCUGUAAAGAUAUUUAUGGGAUGGAAUCGAUCUUUUCGCACGCUCUUCUCCAUGUCGCAAGAAUCGUUUCUUCGAGUCGUUGCGUGGGGAGAGCUGGUGCGCUUGAUGAACAAGUCUUGGACGAUGAUGCAGUCUCAACCGGGCGAGAAGGUAAUGUUCGCCCAGCUCGGACAUGUCCAUCGUCGGUUCUUCAAGGCCAAGGCUACUUAUGAUAAGGAAAAGAAGGAUUGGAAGGUUAGUCGCUUCGAGGCGCUGGGUUGUGAUAUGAUUGCAGCGUAUCUUGUUACGAUGACGAUAGAAAUCGGUAGGAGUACAUAG